CAGCUCUGAAGAGAUCGCUUUCUAGUUAAAGAUGGCUGCUGAUACCUCUGUUGACAUACUUCAAAAAGUUCUGGAGAAUGAAAUCCUUCAGACUGCCAAGGUUGUGGAAGAACAUCUGGAUGCUGAAAUGCAGAAGCUGGACCAAAUGGAUGAAGAUGAAUUGGAACACCUUAAACAAAGGAGGCUUGAGGCACUAAAAAAGGCCCAGCAGCAGAAACAAGAGUGGCUUUCAAAAGGACAUGGAGAAUACAGAGAAAUCCCAAGUGAGAGAGACUUCUUCCAAGAAGUCAAAGAAAGUAAAAAUGUGGUUUGCCAUUUCUAUAGAGAUACAACAUUCAGGUGCCAAAUAAUGGACAGACAUUUGACUGUAUUGGCAAAAAAGCACAUUGAGACAAAAUUCCUGAAAUUAAAUGCUGAAAAGUCUCCUUUCUUGUGUGAGAGACUGCGCAUCAAAGUACUUCCCACUCUAGCACUGGUAAAAGAUGGAAAAACACAAGACUAUGUUGUGGGUUUCACUGAUCUCGGUAACACUGAUGACUUCACUACAGAGACCUUAGAAUGGAGAUUAGGCUGUGCAGAUGUAAUUAAUUACAGUGGUAACUUGAUGGAUCCACCUUUUCAAAGUCAAAAGAAAUUUGGAACAAGCUUUACAAAGUUGGAUAAGAAGACCAUCAGAGGAAAGAAAUAUGAUUCAGAUUCUGAUGAUGACUAGAAUGGCAGCUAUAUGUAUUUAUAAAUCAUCUUUUGUUUAUGCUUGGUACAUUUCUAAGAAUGUUUUUUAUACAGCUUACUGCUUUUCAUUACAUCUGCACAUAAUGCUCAUUUUUCUAUACAGUUUUAUACAACUGAGUCAUAGCAGAAAAAAGCUUAACUAUUUUAUUUUACCUCUUUUGGAAGUCAUUUGUAAUUAAAAAAUCUGAGUCCUUCUAAUUAAAUACUGUGGCAAAUGAUGAACUUUGUCUUAAGUAUAAGUUUCUGAAGUGUUUUGAAGUAACUGUUAGAAACAACUGUACCGAGUCACACCAAAGGUCCCUCUGGCCCAGCAUCCAGUCUCAGUGGCCAAAAGCAGAUGCACAAUGAAGAAUAAAAACGGGGUGAGGAGAUAACAAUGCUUUCCCAGAAUAUACUUUAAGCAGUCUCUGUGGCAUGGGAACUCCAUAUCUGA